AAUAAACAUGAAAUAAUUAAGUGAAAUAUAGAAAUUUGGGACCUGAAAACCUAAUUGUGGUCUGAAAUUGACAGGGACCAGUUUCCCGAUUCUCUUGCGGUUCGCAGUUCGCUGGUAGCGGAACAAAGCGGAAAUGGAAUGCGUGGUUCAGGGAAUUAUAGAGACACAGCAUGUUGAGGCCCUUGAGAUUCUUCUUCAAGGACUAUGUGGUGUUCAGAGAGAACGAUUGAGGAUCCAUGAAAUAUGCCUCAAGAAUGGUCCAAAUCUAGGCAAUGUGGCCUCAGAGGUUCGACUCUUAUGUGAUCUAGAGCAGGCUGAGCCCUCAUGGACUGUUAAACAUAUCGGUGGUCCAAUUAGAGGUGCUGGUGCUGACCAAAUUUCAGUUCUGGUUAGGAACAUGGUGGAAAGCAAAGCGAGCAAGAAUGUGCUCCGUAUGUUUUAUACACUGGGGUACAAGUUAGAUCAUGAGCUCCUGAGGGUGGGGUUUUCCUUCCAGUUCUACAGGGGUGCGCAAAUCACUGUAACGGUUUCAUCAAUCAAUAAAAUGCCAAAGCUGCACGCAACUGAUGAGGCUGAGCCAGUAACACCUGGUAUACAGAUGGUUGAAGUAACAGCGCCUGCUUCUGCUGAAACCUAUACUGAAGUUGCUUCUGCUGUGUCAUCCUUUUGUGAAUACCUUGCACCGCUUCUCCAUCUGUCCAAACCAGGCAUCUCAACCGGUGUUGUUCCUACUGCUGCUGCAGCUGCUGCAUCUCUAAUGUCUGAUGGUGGGGGUACUACGUUGUAAUGGGCUCGUACAAGAAUGAGCAUUUUUUAUAAUAGAACUUUCACAUUUGAAUUACUAGAUAAUUUUUUUCAUUUUACUAUAAACUAAGUACUUUUUUGUCAUUGUUUUAAUACUUUCAGGAAUUAAUAUGUCUAUGGGA